GAAGUUAACCGUCGUGCGUCCAAUACGGCAUUCUUUUGCAAGCUUCCGUAAUUACUUAAGCGAGUAAACUUCUUCCAGUAAACUCUGAGCUGCUGUGGGUGCUGUUCAUUUCUUAAAAGCCUGCUAUUUGGGGCAGGAGCCAUGCCCCUCCAAAUGUUGAAAGGAUCCGCCAGGGUGCAAAAGAAUUCCCUGCCAAGCGACCUGCAAAAAGUUGAUUUCGAGCAUUUGCAACUGGGGAGCGACUACGCCAGCAAAUACUUGCAGGGAACCGUUGUUAUUUCCCACCCAUUAACUAGACUUGGAAAUGGGACAUCUUUCUUCAAGGUUGUGCUUCAAGAGUCAGAAAACUCAUAUUCUAGGACUGGCACCAUCAAUAUUUUAGUGUUUGGAAAGUUGGCGGAGGAUUGUGACAGUGUUGUACAUCAAGGGGACAUCAUGAUGGUAACUGGAUUCAGCUUGGCUAAGUCCACAAGUGAAGAUGAUAGGCAUUGCUGUCAGCUAGAAGUAUCUGAAGAAGCUGGCUCAACUAUUUAUAUUUGUACUAGGUCAUCACGUGCGACAACAUCUUCAGAAACAGUAGCCGUGCCUGUGGCCCCCAAGUACACCUACACUCCUCUCAAUCAUCUUAAAGCUGGGACUGUUGUCAACCUGUAUGGUGCUGUGAAAUUCUUCAAGCCUCCAUAUGUAUGCAAAGGAACUGAUUAUUGUUCAGUGAUAACCAUUGUGGACCAAUCCAAUGCCAAGUUGAUAUGCUCACUGUUUAACUCAAACAGAAAUGCCCUUCCAGAAAUCUACAAAAAUGGCGACAUAGUUCGAUUUCACAGAAUAAAGGUCAGAGAGUUUAAUGGCCAGCUGCAAGGGAUUACCAGUUGUGGAUUUGCAGCACUUACAUUUGAUGGUACCAUAGGAGCACCAAUGGUUCCUCGAACAUCCAGCAAAUUAUUCACAUUUACAGAUGAAGACAAAAGAACCGUAGAAGACUUGCGUCUUUGGGUGGCAAGUAAUCUUCUAAACACUGCACCAGCAGCAAAAUUGUCCGACAUCCAGCCACCAGUGUUUUUUGAACUCACUUGCCAACUAGUAGGGAAAGCAAAAGUGGAUGGAUCUUCCUAUCUUCUUAAGGUUUGGGAUGGCACAAAAUGCCCUUUCCCAUCUUGGAAGUUGCUUGUUAAAGAAGAUGACCUUGAAGGAGACAGCAUUCUCAUCCGUCAUCUGAAAAAUCUGACUGUGGACAUAGUAGUUUACGAUAAUCAUGUGCAGUUAGCAAGAUCACUGAAGGUUGGAAGCUUUAUUAGAAUGUACAAUUUGCACGCAAAACCCCAAAGUCCCGAAGGCAGAUCUGAUAUUUCGUAUAUGCAGUUUCAUCUUCAUAGUGGCACCGGAUAUGGCCGCGGAAUCACAGUCCUGCCAGAAAGCCACACAGAUGUCAAGGAACUAAAGGCUUUCCUGGAUUCUGUAGACAUGACAGAUAGUGAGUGCUCAGAAAGAACAUCUUCUCCAGAACUUGAGCACACUUACAUUCCAUUAGGGUCCUGUUUGGAAAGAUGCCAACAGUUAUCGGUUACAGUGCUAACAGAUCACCAGCAUUUUGAUGAGACAGCACUGGGUACUAUUAUGAACAGCAGGAUUCCUCAGCCAUAUCGCAUCAGAGCUAAGCUGACAAGAUUUGAACCUAAGAAGCUCCAUCAGUCUGUUAAACUUCAUUGUCCUCAGUGCAAUUUGAUGCAAGAAGUUCCAGAUGGGGCUGAGCUAGAUUCAAUUAUGCGAGAGGCUUCGGCUACACGUUCAGAUUCAGAUUUACUAAGUACAUCCUUCUGCGAAUCCGUUGUGUGGGGCACUGAAAACCAGGAACAGCGACGCAUAGCUGUUCAUUUUGUGAAACAUGACGAACUACUUCAAGAACCGGAAGUCAGUUUAAUUCUGAUUGAAGGAGGGACUCUAAAGGAAAUAUUGAAGCUAUCAAAAAAAUUUAAAGGAAUUAUACCUGUGAGGUCUGCAGAAGACGAACUUACAUUACUGGAUCUUUCUGCUCCAUUUUUUUGGCAAGGAAAUCUGCAAUACUAUGGGUGUAAGCACUGUUCGUAUCCAAAGGCAGUGUCGAGUCUGAGCUCCCUUGCUGCACGGGAAGAUCCGUCAUGGGAGCCCACUGCAAUAUCACAAGCUUUAGGAGUAGUACCCCUCCAACAUGUCUUUGUGAUGAAGUUUACACUAGAUGACGGAACAGGAACACUGGAUGUGUAUCUCAUGGACUGUAAAAAAUUCUUCCAAAUUCCAGCUUCUGAAGUCCUGAUCAAUAAUUUGUUUCAAGAGAAAAUGGAGAGGAUCAUGAAUAAACUUUGUCCUCCGGGCAAAAAUUUCGGUGAGUUGCCAUGGCUGGAAUGCUUCAUCAAAUCAUACUAUGUCAGGGAUGGAUCAGAAGAACAACUUUGCUACCAGAUUUUUGACACUAUGAUUGCUGAAGAUAUCUAGCUACUUAGAAUAUUCCAGGGUCACAGUGCUUCUUUAAACUUCAUUUACAUCUAUAAACAGAGCAGAUGCUUUUAUAAAGAUUGUUGUUUUCUAUUAGAUGUGCAAAUAGAUACUAUGUCCUGAAUCAAAAUGAGACUUAAAAGGAGAUUGAUAUGUCCUGUUGGUCUGUGGAAAAUCGAUGCAUAAUCAUUUAAAGUUCUUUGCAUUUCAUCAGGAUUUGGUAGCAUACAAGCAGUUCCUGGUUCACUAUCCCAAAACUCACAACUCCCAAUCCCACCAAACAUUAUGAGUAAACUGAGUAUACCCCAGUGUGACUUUCAGAAUCAAACAGUAAGCUUUAAAGAUGCUGUCAUAAAACCCUUUUUCUUACUAACAUAGCAAGGGCCACUCAGCUGCUUGGUUGAGAACCUGAAAGAAUGAUGGACCUCUGCUCUGCUAUACAGCAAUCUUUUGAUCCAGGAGGGGUGGGGUCCCUAAAGGGCACAACGUAGCCAAUCGUAAGAGCUGCAGAAAGAGGCCCAUUCUUUAAGCUGCAACCUUUUAAAGUCUGAUAAGAGUUAGAUCAUUUGGUCUUGCCUCUGUAUUAGUGACCUGAAUAUGGUUUCCCCUUGUAUAGUUGUACGGAACCCUGCUUUUUCCAUUGCAGUGCGAUAGACCUAUGUGUGGAUAGGCUUGGGCUACACAAAUAUUUUUCUACGGUGAUAAUGUCUUGUUCAUACAGAAUAUAAAAGUAUAGAUGAAGAACUAAAUAUGUGACCUCCUGUUCAUCAGAAUACUCCUGAUCAUGCCUUAUAAACAGAUGCACUAGAGCAAUAGUGUUUGAACCUGCUUCUGGACAUAUAAAAUGAGGGGAUGAUUAAAUUACAAAAGAAUUACUACCAAAUAUCUUGCAGUUAAGGGCUGCGUCUUAUAGUACUUUUAAGUGUGUCUGCUUAGCAGAUCACAUUGCACAUGAUCUAGGAAGCUAAAUUUGGUCUUGGAUUUGGUUUCCUGAUCUGCUUUUCUCUCUUGUAUAAUCUGAUUUGUGUGCUAGUUUUAGAGAUGGAGCCUUUCAGGCUAGUAAGUCACUAUACUAAUUGGCUCCUAGAGUGAAACUAAUUACUCAGCGUUGUUUCUGUAUACCUGCAGUCCAGUGGUAUUUUAAAAAAAUAAAAAUAAAAAGCAUACGCCGCAUGAGUUUUCAACCAAUGGCCAAGGAUCCUGUCAUAUUAAAAUUCAUUCCAUGCUUGCAUCAGCAAGAAUGUAUUAUAAGGCAUAUCAGAAUAUAAGGUCUUAGCAAAAAAUUUCUGGAUAUGGUUUCUGGGAGAUAGUAAGAAUAAAUUAUUCUAGCUGUAGUCUCUUCCAAUUGUCCUUGGAUUUUUUUUUUCCUGUAAUUGACAUUAUUCUGAUCUACAGAAACUUUUAAUUGUAAACCUACUGGUUAUGGGUGCUUUGUCAAUUAUUGUGAGGAUAGGAUCUCAUCAGAAUCUGCAACGUGAAGAGAACGGCUUUCUCAAAUUUUGUGGACCAUAUGACUCUAGCCAUAGUUUUAAAAGCAGCUGCUUAUCAGCAUUGUGAAAACAUUGUGAGAUCAGUGAAAUAUUAAAAUGUUUAAUCAGUGGGAUCAAGUGUUUGCAACAGGAUUAAAUGUUGCAAACACUUAAUCCCAUUGAUUUCAAAUGGGAUUUAAUGUUGUAACCAUGGUAUGGAUUAGUCAAGGACCACAACCCCAAGUUCCAUGCAAGGACACAUGGCCUAAUUAUUCAUGUUAUAGCUCACAUACAAGAUGACUGAAGGUGGGAGGAAAUGUAGCAGACCCUUUUUUCAUGGAGCUGCAUGAACUUGUCAGAGCUGUUGUGUGCACAACAGCAUCACUGGAGUAAGGUUGCAAUGCCUGAAAUAUGUUGGUGGAAUCUACUCCGAAAAGCUUCUCUCUGUUCCCCCCCCCCAAAGUAUUUGGUGUUUUUUUUUGUAGUAGUAGUUUAAGAUUAAACACAACAACAUAAUCCAAUGUGUACAUUAUGUUGUGGACAUUUAUACACAUGCACCCUUAAAUUAUCUCAGAAUUCAUGAGGAACUGUGCUAAUAAAAUAGUUUUAAAAGCAGUAUUUAUUGUACAGAGUGAGCUCAGUUCUUUGUAUAGGGUGAUUUAUGUUAGACAAAUUGUGCAAUGUAAGACUUGGAUA